UCAGAUCCCAGUCUCGUCUGGACGGGGCACAUCACCGCUCUGCUCUCUACUUCUGCCACAGACAUUGGAUUUUUUUUAUUCUGAGCUUCAAAUAGGACAGCAUACUUUUAACCCCCAUAUAACUCUUGGACAAAUAGCAUUGUGUACUUUUGGAGGAUUUCUUUUUUUUUUCUUCUUCUUCUUUUUUUUAUGGUAUCACUUACUGUCUGACCAUGUAAUAAGUGUUGGCUAGUUCAGAUGCAUUGGGUAUUGGUGGUGUGAUCAAACUGUUUUAUUGUUUUAUUGCUGGAUAUAUAUCUGUAUGAGUCAUUUGUCAGAGAUGCUGGUGUCCAGGGAUAAUUGCGCUCUCAUGAUGCGGGAUCGGAAGGAAUGCGAUGCGCGCUCCCGAGAGAAGGCGGCGACGGACGCGGAUAUGGAGCGGGUUCAAACCCGGGAGCGUCUGGACGCGACUGUCGCGGGUCUGGCUGAACUGGAGUAUCUGAGACAGAGACAAGAACUGCUGGUCAGGAGUGUGUUAAACUAUCAGGACACUGCAAGAGAGGACAAACACUGCGUUAUCGUGGAGGACAGUUAUCUGAACAGCGAGGAAAAACUUUUGGAGGAGAAUAUUUUAUUACUGAGAAAACAACUGAACUGCCUUAGAAGACAUGAUGCUGGUUUGAUUAGCCAGCUUCAGGAAUUAGACAGACAGAUCUGUGACCUGCGGUUGGACACGGAGACCUCGCAUGAACAUGUGGAAACGGACAGUCGCCCAAGCUCAGGCUUUUACGAGCUAAGUGAUGGUGCUUCAGGCUCCCUCUCCAAUUCCUCUAACUCCGUAUUCAGUGAAUGUUUGUCCAGUUGUCGUUCCACCACCUGCCUGUGCACACCCCUCGACACCUCACUCUGUGUAUCUGAGGGAAGACUAAAGUCUGCAGACGAGCUGGGCAUUUGUGGCGAGUGUGAUUGCCAGUGCGAGGAAUCAAGUUCCGAAACAGUCCGCAGGUCUCUUUCUGCAUUGUACUCCCCUUCCCUAGAUGGCUCCUGCGAUGGCUUGUCCAAGUUCCACUGUGAGCUCAUCGCCAAAAAUGGUAGUGAUGUUUACAGGUACCCUAGCCCUCUCCAUGCGGUUGCUGUCAAGGGCCCCAUCUUCUUCCAAUCUGUGACUCGUCGCCUAAAGGAUGAUAGUAGCUUUUCCAAGCCUGGUGAAGCAUCGAGUGAUGAGCAUAAACCUGAGCAGUCCAUGAGUUCUCAGAAUUCAUCCUGGCAUGACUCUCAAACUCCCCUAAACAAAAGACUAGAUGGUUAUAUCUUUGGGCUGCUUCAGAGGAGGGCACAGCCCUUGAGGACCAACAAACCCAGAACAAGCAUCAACACCGACCCCUCUAAGAGCAUUUUAAGGCAGGCUAGUCUUUGCUCACGGGCUCCUGCUUCUGUCCAGGCCCAGCAGUGGACCUCUGAACUCAAGUCAAACUGGCAGACAUGUUUACAAGAUGCACUGGCAAAUAGCACAGAGCCAAGAACAGCUUCACCCCAAAGACAGUGGUCUGCUGAGUCCAAGGGAGGAACCCUACAAAAUGGAGCAUCUUGUGGUCCAAGUCAACCACAGAAUGGUUGCUCAACCACCAAUGAUAAUGGCACAAAUUAUCUUUUGAAGAAGAAAGGUUCUAGAGCAAGGAAAGGCGAGCCAUUAAGUGUUAUAUCGAAGGACUGCCAGGAUUUAGGCUACCCAGAUGCAGUUUCCUCCCCUAAGCUCAACAAGCAUUCUUAUUACAUUGUGGAGGACAGUAAAUCAGGCCAGACAAUAAAAGCAAGCCCUCUUAAGUGGAGUCCCAGUGCUCAGACCCCAGCAGGCUGUGGUAAAGAAGCAGAGCGAGUCGCUCCAGAAUCGCUCAGCCUGGGUUCUUCCUCACAAAGCCAAGAUGAAGGAGGACAACUGGUCAGCACCCAGUACAUCUCUGCUCAGAAACAGCAUGUAAAUCUCCGGAAAGGAGGCACCAAGAACAUCAAAAUUGUAAAAGUUAAAAAUACCACCAAUGCCAAAGGUAGAUCUCAUGUUUCUGAGCAUGUUCCUGAGACUGGCCAUGAAAAGCAUCGGACAGGUUCUAGGAGGUCUCGACAAGUAGAUGAUCACUUGCACAAAUCCUCCAAGAAGGCUGUGUCAAAAGCCAAGAGAAUCCCUGCCUCCAUCCCUGAAGGACGAAUCCUUGAGAAGCACACCAGCUCAACAGGUCGAUCAUCUGCUCAGAGACACCACGGACAUCACCGGCAUCACGAGGCAGUUCUGGCCAAACCCAAGUACAAACGCAAUGACUACCACCGGCGGCACAGGGGUCUCCAUGAGAUCCCAUAUGAGGAGGCUUUCAGGAGAGCUCACCGCAGGCAGAAAAGAGAAAUGCUGGGCCACGUUUCAGCUAUGUACCUUCCUUCAAACGCACAAUACACCAGUCCCUAUGCCUACGUUGGUAGUGACUCUGAAUACUCAGCGGAGUGCACCUCUCUCUUCCAUUCUACCAUUUUGGACACAAGCGAGGAUGAACACAGUAACUAUACCACCAACUGUUUUGGGGACAGUGAAUCGAGCGCUAGUGAGGCAGAAUAUGCAGCUGAGAGCAGCACUAGCAGUGACUCUGAAAGCAGUGGAGUGGUCAAUUGGCCCCAGUUAAACCAGAGAGGUGCUGGAUCCCAAGGAAUGACAUCAUCACAGGCAAAAGCUUUCGUCAAAAUCAAGGCUUCACAAAACUUGAAGAAGAAGAUCCUGCGUUUCCGAUCAGGCUCGUUAAAACUCAUGACCACAGUGUGAGAGACUUGUAGGAUAGAGCCAAUAAAAUUGGCUGUCCUUUAUACAAUCAAGUGCCUUGACAGAAUUCAGCUGCUUGGCCUAAAACUCCCUGUCACACACUCUCGGUCAGAGAUAUACUACUUUGCCUGCACUUUCACACAGAAGCAAAUGCUUUGAAUCCUGAUAAAGCAUCUAACUACCCCCUUGUUGUUAUUGUCAGUAGCCUUUUUUACUUUUUGUUUUGUAUUUAUUUUAAAUUUAGAUUUUGCUGCAGUGCAUCUACAGUAUAUUGCAAGUACUGUGUAAAUGCAAUUCAUACAUGGUUGACUUUUCUAAAUGAGAUAUUUAUAACUUAAUAUAUUUGGAUUGUCAUACAUGGAAAAAGAAUAGGAUGUAUGACUCGGCUGAAGCAGUUUAUUGCAGAUGCUGUUUGUUUGAGAAUUGUUCCAUGUUUCCAGGGUCACCUGCUGAUCAUCAAGGGCUUUUGUUAUGCACAUUUAAUAUGCAUGAGCAACAGCUUCACCAUUUUCCUUAUUAGCUGUAAACUACACUUUUUGUAAAACAAAUGUUAAUGUAUGUUGAUUUAUUGUGUAUUUUUAUUCUUUAUUAAAUUUGUUGUUAAAAUCAUGUUUAUUUUAUGAUACUCUGUGGUUUUCUUGAAUUUUGACAUACUUUUGAGCAUAAGAAACCA